UCUCCGCUUGGUCGCAGCAGAGACUGUUCUUCCUUUCAUUGACGCUUUGAGCGAAUGAUACCACUUAUUGGAUUGGGUAUUAGCCCAUUAAUUCUUUCGUUUUUGUUUAUUGUAUGGCGCUCUGGUUAUUGGUUCAUCACAACUACACGGCAUUGGUGCCUGGUUUGAUAUGGAGUCUUGGUUUGCUUUUCCGGUUGAUACCAUGGAUGAGGAGUUUUUCUAGACAUGCAAUUAUACGAUCAUCUUUACCUCCCAAUCAUCCCGGUAUCCUCUUCCUUGUCGAACAAGUGUUGUUUGCAUCGUAUAUCUUGCUUGUCCUUCUUCAUUAAUUUACGUCUACCAGAUUGUUUCUUUUUCCACCGCUUCUUUGACAUGUGCUGAUAAUGAUGAUGCUAGGAAUUGCUGAGGGCGGGUAC